UUGCAUUCCCGGCCGGGUAUUCGAUCUCAUCUCACCUCACCUCGCCUGCAUCAACCACAGCUUGCUCGCUUGCUACAGUAUAGCCAAGUCAUCUAAAUAGCACUAAGCACUAACAGCAACCAUGGCUCGCACUGCACACUUGGUGUUGGUCGCCCUGGCGGCAGCCCUGCUCCUCGCCGCCCCGCACGCCACCGUGGCCAUCACCUGCGGCCAGGUCAGCUCCGCCAUCAGCCCCUGCCUCGCCUACGCCCGCGGCGGCGCCGGCCCCUCCUCGGCCUGCUGCACCGGCGUCAAGAGCCUCAACGCCGCCGCCCGCACCACCGCCGACCGCCGCACCGCCUGCAACUGCCUCAAGAACGCCGCCCGCGGCAUCAGCGGGCUCAACGCCGGCAACGCCGCCAGCAUCCCCUCCAAGUGCGGCGUCAGCGUCCCCUACACCAUCAGCGCCUCCAUCGACUGCUCCAGGGUGAGCUGAGCUACCGCGGAUUGGAUGGAUCACAUACGUACAGAAGCUGAUCCGGCCGCCACCUUCAGCCUCGUCUCCGGCCAUGGAUGCGCAGCCCAACUCUGUCGUACUUACUAUACUAGUAUAUGUAUACUUGCUGAAUAAAACAUGAGAGCUAGCUAGCUGUAGCUCGGUCGAUCAGGCAUGCACGCGUAUAUAUGCUGAUUGCUCGAUCGAUCGGCCAGUCGAUCAGUCUAGCUUGUUUGUUUCUUGUCUACGUACGUUAAUUCGACACCAUGAUCGGUGUCUCCUCUGUUUGUUCGUCAUACGUUUACUCCCUUUUGAGAUCUACCUGAGACCUAGACAUAUACUUUCUACUGUCAUGCAUACAUCUGUAUGCAUGUACGUAUACUACUCUUUCUACUA